CGGUAUCUUCUAUAAACCCUGAAAAUCUCCUAUCGUUAAAAAGAAAGAAGAAGGAACUUAUUUUCCAAGUACUUGUCAAGACACAACUACACAAAAAUGGCAUCUUCAAGUCUCUUUAUCACUGUCUUAAUCUCCUUGGUUCCAGUCUUCCUCCAACCAGGUCUCGCUCAAGGUCCGAGUCCUCCAGCUUCUUGUGCUUCCUUACUGCUAGCUCUGGCUCCAUGUGGUCCAUUCGUGCAGGGCUUUGUCCAGAUCCCGGCUCAGCCAUGCUGCAACAGCCUGAACCAGAUCUACAGCCAACAACCGACCUGUCUAUGUCUCUUGCUUAACAACAAUUCUACUUUAUCCUCUGCUUUUCCCAUCAAUCAAACACUCGCUUUGCAAUUACCUCAGCUUUGUAGCAUUCCCGCCAAUACAUCUGUUUGCUCCUCAGGGGCUUCCUCUGUUUCUCCACCAUCUACUAACUCAACCGGUACUCAAGUCUCUCUGAGUCCAAAGAACAAUUCUGUUGUUGCAGUGACCCCAGUUGCUCAAGUGGCACCAAAACCAACCAGCAUGAUGGGAGUGGGUUAUGAUCUGAGAUCCUCUGGUCCGAAGUCUAAGUUUCAGCUGACAAUCUUUGUGAUCACAGCGAUUCUAACCGGAACAUUUUUCCCUGUCUAACUUCAUCUGCGUAUUACCACUAUGAUUCCCGUCUAGUUACACUCUCCUCUUUUAGCUUUUCUCUUUGAACUCAGAACAACUACAAAUUUCUAUAGUUUGACGUAUUGUAAUGUUUUCUUGAAACCAAAACAGAACAAUGAGACAACGGUGAUGCACUCGAAUUUGUUAC